UUUUUUUACACUGAUUGCUUUUACACCCAUAACGGCUGUAAAAGCAAUCAUUUCUCCUUCUCUCUGGCUGCAUUCUUGCAGCCAUUGAAAAAUACUGUGUGUGCUGUGAUUGGUCACAGCUUGUCACAUGGUACAAGGCUGUUGUGAAUAGCCUUGUACCAUGUGAUCUCUGUGAUCACAGAUUUCACACGUAGUAAGCAAUGAUGUCAGAAGUGACACCUUGCUUACUACUCUUCAUGUGAUCACUGAUUGGCCAAUGAAUGAUCACAUGAUCGGGACCUCGCACAGAGGUCCUGUGCAACAAUCAGUGUUCUGCUGUGUUCGAAGGACACAGCGGACACCGGAUUGCGGUGCUGCUUGCUCCCAGGGAGUGUGCACAAGCAGGGAGGGGGGGAGGACAUUUAUAAAUGGCCACCCGCCCCUGCACUGCUCCUGUCCGGCCGUUUGUAUACAUGGGCAACACAGUGGCUAAGUAGUUA